AUGCUGGAUGCCUUUCUGGAAGACAUCGAAGAGGGGGCUAUUACAGCGAAAAGAGCCAUACAUUUGGCCAGCAGAGCUUCAAAAAGAAUGAGACAUUUAGGUGUUGUGGAUCAGAAUGUGGAGAAGCUGGCGCGCUUUGGGAGGUCCCGGACUGGGAAGCGGCGGGGUUCCAACGCUGCCAGGGAUUUACAUAGAUGGAUCCACCGCGACAAAAGAUUGUUGCCAGUGGAGGUGUCCACCACACGUGUUCCUAUUCGACUGCGGAAGCGCACCAAGACUCACGGUGCCAAGAAAGUGGAACACUGCUGGGUGGAUCAUCCAGUGGUCCUUUUUUCCUCAUGGCUGGUGACAAUCAUGAACCUCUUCCCUAGAUAUUUUCUGGGGGGCUAUGGACCAGGAGAGAUUGACAAGUACCGCAGGAUGUUCGAGUCCUUUUGGAGCAACUACCGCAAUGUGGAUGGCCAACAUGAAGUAUACCAAAAACCUUUGUGUGACCUUGGGCACUGCAUUCCUCUUGCCCUACAUGGAGAUGAGGGGAGGGGUUUAGCUAAAACCCCUCUGAUGGUCCUCUCAAUCCAAACCAUAAUUCCCAGCACUGGAGAGAAUGACUUGUCUCAAGCACAGCAUUCCUAUUUGACCCGCCUCCUAUACUCACUGAUUCCAUCGUCGUGGUAUUCACAGAAAGAGGAGACGCUUGAUUUCCUUUUGGGAGCAUUGGCUACAGAUCUUCGUGAGGGCUUCAACUCGGGGAUUGUAGUGAAUGUUGGGGGACAACAGGAGGUCAAGUUUUUCCCCGUCAUUGUUGCCAUCAAAGGUGACUGGCCAUUUGUUCGCAAAGCGUGCCACCUGAGCUCUGGAUACCGGAGCAAAAGGGUGUGCCACUUGUGCCCAUCAGAGGAGUGGUGGGAUGUGUCUGCGAAUGGACAAGCUCGAAGCUGGAGCGGGCCAUCACCUUGUCCGUUCAAGCAGAAAUGGUCGCCUCUUAGGUCAAUACCUGGUUGUGACAAUCCUGACCGCAUUCAGCCCGAUCUUCUACAUGUGUGGAAUUUGGGGGUUGGAGGAGACAUGUGUGCGUCAACAAUCCUCAUGCUUAGCAACAAGGUCCGUGUGAUCUUCCAGGGACGAUCGCUUCAGGCAUGUCUGGAUGAUGCUUAUGGGAAAUUUCACAGCUGGUGUGUGGACAAUCGCUCGACAACAUCCAUCAUGUCGUUUGAGAAAACAAAGUUCAAGGUCAUCCAGCCUAACCAAUUUCCCCGUGGAUGUGGUAAAGCAUAUGAUACAGCCCUGCUUUGCAAGUGGCUCCACUUUGAGUUGGAACAGCAUUGCUUGGAGAGUGAAGCUUCUGAGCACCAAGAUUUGCUUCAGCUCCUGCGGUGGACUUUCUCGGCAGCCGAUGUUUUCCUUCGUACCAUCUACAAUGAAGGGGUCUGGAUGCCCCGAGCGUCUGCCGAAGCAGUAGUUCGAGCAGGGUUUGCAUUAGGGGAGGGCUACACUGCUUUGGCCUCUUUGUGUGCUUCCCGUGGCUGGAGAUACUACCGGAUCAGACCCAAGGUCCAUCUACUUCCUCACAUAGUGAGAGAUGUGGAAAAGCAGCUUGGCAAUCCCAGGGCCAGCUGGAUUGCCAACCCCGUGAUCUAUGCUGUUUGGUCCGAUGAAGAUUACAUUGGGCGCAUAUCACGACUGGCCCGGAGAAUCCGAGCUGGUGGCCUCCAGGUUGUCAGGAGGCUAGGACGCUGA